AUCUUAACUCAAAAAUUCACUCGCUGUCAAAAAACUCUAUGCUAUUAAACGUGUGCGAGGACAUUAGAAAAUUAUACGAUACGUACCACUAUUAUUCCUAUAUCCUAUAUAAAUAUAAUGAUGCUUCAAACAAAAUCAUUUAUCACCAUAAUCUUCUUUCUGUUCUUCAAUUUUUCAAUUACAUCAAUUUUAUACUCAAAAUUUUCGAUCUUGACAAUGGCUGAAAACCAACCUUCAUCAUCUGCUCUUUACAUCGUCCAUACAGAACAGCCUACAGAAGGCGUCGAUCAUGAAGCCUUCCAUCUUCAGACCCUUUCUUCUGUUCUUGGCAGUGAAGAAGCGGCCAAAGAAUCUUUGAUUUACGUCUACAAGAGUGCAGCCACUGGGUUCUCUGCCAAGCUGACUCCUGAGCAAGUUUCAGAGCUUGAAAUAGGUAGAGAGACAAUCGGAACCUUGGUCAAUAGCAAAAAGUUGUUGAGUGAGAGAGUAGAUUUGUGUUCCAGAAGUUAUUGCAAAUCGUUCUUCAAGAUUCUGCCAAAUAGCUUGUGCAGUUGGAAAAUACAAAACGCUUCUAGCAAUCUGAGGAUCUAGAACUUUCAUAAACCAAGAAAUUAUUGUACUAUUGAUUCUUUCCCAGGAUUUGAAAUUAGGGUCAGUAGAAUUGGGUUGUGGGAUCUGACCAUUAACGAACGCGAGUUUAUUCUUGGAAGAAAGAGUAAUUGUAACAGAUCGUUUCCAAUCGUUGAAUCCAGUACCAUUAAAGGGAAUCGGAACCAAUAAAAGCUGAGAAUCACUCGGAUGAAGAUAAUACGGUGAAACUGGAUCUUGAAUAGGAUCAAGGGUUUUGUUACUAGAAAGAUUUGGAGUAGCAGACAUGAUAGAUGAUGAAAGAAAAAGCAAAGAAAGAACAAGAAGAGGAUAAAAGAGAGAACAAAACAAACAAAAAAAAAAAAUGGAACAGAGGAUCGGGGAAGACAAAGAAGAAGAAGGAAAUAAUAAAAAAAAAAAAUCAGGAUAUGAUGAUUACCAACGAAAUGGAAGAUAAUGUCAAGGCGUCUGAUACCAUGUCGAAGAUUGCGGUGUAACCCAUUAUAUGAACAAGAUAACAAACGAGGAAGAAAAGAAAACAAUAUUAUUGAGAUUAAGAAGAUUACAAAAUAUACAAGAGAAAAAUUGAUAUUUGUAUAUCAUGAACAACCACUAAGAAAGAGAGAAAACUGACUAUAUAUACAAGACUAUGAACAUGUAUUUAUAUUAGUUGUAUGAAAGCUAGUAGGAGUAUAUCUAAUAUUAUUAACAGUUUUAAAUUUAAAAGUUAACAUUAAAAUUAAAAUAUACGUAUUAGUUUUUGCCUUA